AUGCCAUCCCACCCCAGGCUCCUUUCGCUAGAUGCGUUUGCCAAAACAGUGGAGGAUGCACGUGUGAAAACCGCCUCUGGUGGUAUGAUCACCAUGAUCUGUGUGCUCAUCGUUCUUCUACUCAUAAGAAAUGAAUACUACGAGUACACCAGUGUGGUGAUAAGACCCGAGUUGGUCGUCGAUAGAGACAUUAACAAGCAGCUAGACAUAAACAUGGACAUCACCUUCCCAGAGAUCCCCUGUGGUGUGCUUACCUUGGAUAUCUUGGACCUCACAGGCGAUUUGCACUUGGACGUUGUCCAGUCAGGCUUCGAGAUGUUCCGUAUUUUGGAACUGGGCGAGCAGGUCAAGGAUGACUUGCCCAUCAUGGCGCUGUCGAGCAACUUCGAUGAGCUCUGUAAAGGUUUGAGCGAGGAGGAGAGAAACAACGGUGCGCCAUGUGGUUCCUGUUACGGAGCUUUGGAGCAAAGCGAGUCGCAAUACUGUUGUAAUACGUGUGAAUCUGUGCGCUUGGCAUAUGCUGCCAAACAGUGGGGCUUUUUUGACGGCUCGGAGAUCAGCCAGUGUGAGGACGAAGGGUACGUAGCCAAGAUGGUGGAGCGCAUCAAUAACAACGAGGGCUGUAGAAUUAAGGGCUCUGCGAAAAUCAACCGUAUUUCUGGUAACUUGCAUUUUGCUCCAGGCGCACCAUUCUCCAGCAGAGGCAGACAUCUGCAUGAUCUCUCCUUGUGGGGCAAGUACGCCGAGAAGUUCUCCAUGAAACACAAGAUCGACCAUUUCUCUUUUGGCGAGGACCCUGGCUCGUCUGCAGCCCUUGCGUACUCCGACAUUGACCAGGUUCCAUCCAUCCAUCCACUUGAUGGAUUCACUUUUGAUGUGGGCAGAAAAAACCACGUAGCGCUGUACUACUUGUCUGUGGUGGCCACCAGAGUGGAGUUUUUGGAGAACAAGCGUGAUCCUGUCGACACCAAUCAAUUUUCUGUAAUAACACACGAUCGUCCGAUCCAGGGAGGAAGAGACGAUGACCACAGAAACACCAUGCAUGCACAGGGUGGAGUUCCUGGUGUAUUCUUCCACUUUGACAUCUCCCCUAUGAGAAUUAUUACCAGAGAGGAGUACGCCAAGACAUGGUCUGGGUUUAUCUUGGGCAUUGUGAGUUCCAUAGCGGGUGUUUUAACUGUGGGCGCCGCCCUCGACCGCUCAGUAUGGGCUGCUGAACAGGUGUUGAGAGGCAAGAAGGAUGCCUAA